AUGCUGGCCAAGGUCUCACGGAUUCAACAACUUGAGAAUCAGCUGUCGCAAGCAAAUGCAAGGCCCAUCAUCCAACCGUCCCAUGAUUCAGCUCCUGAAUCGGACGUCGAGACAAUGAGCUCACGUCUGAGCGGAACGUUUCACAUCCAUCGCAAGAGAGGCGCAUCGGGCCAGCCGGAGCCCAUCCCCCACAACGUGAGCCUCAAGACACGCUUGUUCGGCCAAAGCCAUUGGACCGUCAGCGGUAUCUAUCUGAUUCGCGACAUCUUCAAUAUCCUUGAACCCUGCCUGCGUGACGAAUCGUCUAAGGCCUGGACCGGCAUCAAGAAGUGCAAAGACUUGGCCCGGUGCAUCAAAGCGGCUCGAGCACCUGCAUGGCCUUCCCCACUGACGUCCACACUGCCUCCUAAAGAGGUAGCCGAUGCACUCGUUGAUAACUACCUCCGAACGACUGAGGCUAUCUAUCGAAUCCUACAUGUCCCCACCUUCCGCAGGGAGUAUGAGGCGCUCUGGAUAUCAAAUGAAAAGCCCGAUGUGGCCGUUUUGAUGCAGGUUAAGCUCGUGCUUGCCAUCGGCGCUGUCACCUACGAUGACCAGUUUUCGUUGCGGGCCUCGGCCAUUCAAUGGGUCUACGAGGCCCAGCUUUGGAUCUCCAGGCCAAAGUACAAGUCAAGGCUGAACAUUCAAUCUCUCCAGGCGAACCUGCUUCUUUUGUUUGCGCAGGAACAAGUGGGGGUCAGUAGGGAUUUGCCUUGGGUUUCCGCCGGCGCUCUGCUGCGGAAAGCGAUCUACAUGGGUCUGCACAGGGAUCCGAGUCGCCUACCCCGGGUGACGACUUUUGUAAUAGAAAUGCGGCGACGGCUCUGGAACACAGUCCUUGAGGUCAAUCUCCAGUCCAGUCUGACCUCUGGUAGUCCUUCUUUACUCUCACUCGACGACUUUGACACGGCCCCUCCUGGCAACUUUGACGACGAGCAGCUCGAGGCUCAGGAUCCAGUUCCGAAACCGGAAGGAGACUUUACCAAAGUCUCCAUCGCAGUGGCACUCCGCAGAACCUUCCCCCAUCGCCUUGCUGUGGUCAAAUUCUUGAAUGAUUUGACCUCUCCCAGAACAUAUGAGGAGACUCUCGGUCUUGAUGCGGAGCUGCGAGCGGCAUACCGCGUGCUGGCACAGACCCUGCGAGCAUGCACCAACGCCGGCGCUCGCCCCUCGCCCUCUCAAUUCGAGAUCCAGGUUGUGGAUCUCCUCAUGCACCGCUAUCUUUCUGCUCUGCACAUCCCAUACUUUGGCCCGGCACUGCACGGGACCGCCUACGUCUUCUCGCAAAAGACGGUGGUCGAGUCGUCGCUUAAACUGUGGCGAGCGGCGUGCCCGUCCCCGUCGCUGGUGGGAGGAACCCCCUUGUACAGCAACGAUCUGCCGCGCCUCGUCGCCUGCAGCUCGGGAUUCUACCCAAGCGUGGCCAUACAUGCUGCCUUUCUCAUUGGGAUGGAGCUCUGCACCCAACUACGGGAGGAAGACGGUCUCUGUCCUGCUCCGUUGCGGCCAGACCUUCUUUCUGUGUUGGAGGACGCAAGGGCAUGGUGCUUGCGGGUCAUCAAGGCCGGUGAGACCAAUGUCAAAGGCUACUUGCUCAUGAGCAUUGUCUCAGCGCAGGUCGAAGGACUGAUGCGCGGCCUUGGGGAGAAGGAGGUCGCCAGGUUAAUGGUCAAAGCUGUCGAGAAUGUUGGCGAGAAAUGCUUGCCAAUGUUAGAGGAGAUGGCGGCGUCGAUCCAAGAGCAGAGAGGGGGGAUAGUCGAUGAGAUCCAGCAGUCCAUGGCAGUUGAGAUGAUGAAGGACUGGAACAUUCUAGUGAGUAAAAUCACCAUUGUUCGCGAGUACUCGUCCGGUCGCUGA